CAUGCGGCUACCAUGACCAUACAAUCGUCAUAUUCAGUUUCACUUCUCUUCCAUCUUUCUUCCCUGCACGUCUUCAAAACGAUACAAGAACGCGAGUCAUGUCCAAAGAAUCCUACAACCUCGACGACGUCGUCAAGGACGCUCAGGGCAAGAUGCGCUACAUCAACCUCGGCCCGUCGGGGUUACGAGUCUCGAGGAUAUCGUUGGGUAUGAUGUCCUAUGGGAGUAAGAAAUGGCUCGAUUGGGUAUUGGAAGAAGACGAAGCGCUCCCCUUGAUCAAGGCCGCCUACGACGUCGGUAUCCAAUUCUUUGACACCGCCGAUAUCUACUCGAACGGAUAUUCGCACAAGGUCUUGGCCAAAGCGAUCAAGCAAUAUAAUCUCCCCAGAGAGGAUAUCGUCGUCGCUACAAAACUGUUUGCGCUCAUCCCUAGGGAUUUCGAAAAGGGUCUGGACCAACUUUCCCGCGAGGAACGCGAGCGUCGCCACUAUUCCAACCAACAAGGUCUCUCCCGUAAACACAUCUUCGACUCGGUCGAACGGUCCCUGAAAGAGCUGGACUUGGAGUAUAUCGACUUGUUGCAGAUUCACCGGGCGGAUGAGAACACGCCUUUCGAGGAGACGAUGUGUGCCUUGAAAGAUAUCAUCCAGUCCGGCAAGGUCCGAUAUAUUGGUGCAAGCAGCAUGUUCGCGUGGCAGUUCAUGGAGUACCAAUCCAUCGCCAAGCGUAACGGAUGGCCCCAAUUCAUCAGUAUGCAGAACUAUUACUGCGCCUCUUACCGGGAGGAAGAGAGGGAGAUGAUGCCCUGCAUAAAAAAGAUGGGGAUCUCGAGUCUGCCCUGGAGCCCGAUCGCCGGAGGUUUCCUCGCCCGACCGCACGCGCAACAACGCGGCAUGACCUCUCGAGGUGACAAGGAAAUACCCCGCGAGGACACCGAGAUCGCCGUCAACGAAGCCAUCAAGAGCGUUGCUGAUCGACUGGGAAUCACCAUGGCCCAAGUGGCCAUCGCGUGGACCCUGGCCAACCCGGUCGUCGCCGCGCCCAUCGUUGGGAUCUCGAACGCCAGGAGUUUGGACGACGCAGUCAAGGCUUUGGACGUGGUCUUGUCGGACGAGGACAAGGAGAAGAUCGGUUCGGCAUACACGGUCCGCAAAAUUAUCGGGCAUUCCUGAGUAUGCCGGUCCAGCAGCUCGUGGCACUCGCGUUGCCGAUUGUAUGAUCCGAAUUG